ACAAAAACUUGAUACUAUUUAUGAGUUUUGGUUGGUAACAAUAAUCUGAUCACAUGAUCUGAAUAUUCAAAUACACAGUAGAGGUAAACACGCACUUAAUUCUUUUCUAAAGUAGAAGUUUUACUGAAAAGGAAUUACUAUAACUUUCAGAAAAGCAAUGCAGCGAUUACUUCUUAGGAUUUUCGUUUUAACUAUGAUUGGAACUAUUGAGGUCAAGUGUCAAAAACCUGAUGACAAAUGGUGGGAUAUUCUGAAGACACAAGGAUUAGCUUGUAAAAAUGACACGUGUAGAAGAAACGACCCGACAUGCGAGUGCUAUUUAACAAUAGAACACAGGUUAACCAUGAUGAAUGAAAAGGACAUGAUUUUACUCGUGCCUUCCGGAGGUAGAUUUCGGCCAUUCAACGACUUGAAUAAAGAGUAUAGCCAAGAAGAAGAAGAAGAAUUUAUCUCUGCAGACGGAUAUGGAUCUCGUAUGGUUAUAGCUGUCAAUCGCCGGUUUCCGGGUCCUCAAAUAACAGCAUACGAGAAUCAAAAAAUCAUUGUACACAUGCAAAAUUCAAUGCAUACCGAUAGUACAACAAUUCACUUUCAUGGUAUACACCAAAAGAAAACACCGUGGUCUGAUGGUAUCGCUUUUGUUUCACAAUGUCCAAUCUUUCCGGGACAAAUUUAUACAUAUUCAUUUUAUGCAUCGCCAUUUGGAACAAGUUUCUAUCACGUACAUAUUGGAGAUCAACGAAGCGCAGGACUUUAUGGACCACUGGUUAUUAUACCAUUGUCAACUUUGAAUAUAUCUAUUCCGCAGGAUAAUAACAAUGGAAAAGUACACACGGUUACCAUUCAGGACUGGAAUCACUUUGAUGAUCCGGAAACAUUGUACCAACGUAUGGUGUUCGGUAAUUUUGACCUUCAAGAAAAUAAACAAAUUAAUACUACAUCUGAUAUAUCGGGCGCUUAUUUUACUCGUUUUCACUGUCAUUCUGGCAUAAUAAAUGGAAAAGGUCGUUUUUACAAUUCACUAACGGCACAUAACCAAGCACCGCUGACAAUAUACGAUGUUGAACCGAAUACAGAUUAUCGUUUUAGAGUCAUAGGUGCAGCAACUCUAUAUCCCUUUCGUGUUUAUAUUCAAGGUCAUAGAUCAAUUCGUAUAGUUGCAUCUGAUGGAUUUGAAAUUGAACCGAUUGAAGUAGAAUCCUUGAUCAUACAUCCUGGAGAAAGAAUUGAUUUUAUUUUGAAAACAGACCAGGUGUCGGGAAAUUAUUUAUUGGUAGCGGAAACUUUAGAAGUAGAGCCAGCCUCUUUGAAUCAGUAUCACGCAGCCGAAGCCAUUAUACAUUAUACUGACACAACGGUAAAUCUUAAUCCACCAAAAGGAUCACCAAAUAGUUGCUCACAGCUAAAAAAAUGUAAGAUCUUUAAUUGCCCAUAUCUUUAUUAUCCACCAGAUCAAAACAGAACAUGUCUUACCUGGAAUGACGUCAAAACAAUAGAUCCUAAUUCAAAUAUUGAUGAAGUUAAAGGAGUGGCAAUAGAACGAUUUUAUAAUUUCGCUUUUCCGGGGGAGAAUGGUUACACUCCAGGGUCAGUAAAUGGACAUCAAUUCCUUCUUCCAACUGUAGCACCAUACGCCGAAUGGGAUAAGGUUGAACAAAACUGUGGUGAAUGUAGCGAAUCAAGUAUCUGUGAAUGUACAUACUACGACACAAUAGAUACAGAUAAUACCGAUCUGGUGUAUCAAUUUGUUUUGACAAACAUUGGAAAUGGAUCAGGAUGGUCUCAUCCCAUUCAUUUACAUGGCCAUUCGUUUUACGUCAUGAAAAUGGGUUUUGCCUCUUAUAAUCCAUCAACCGGUCAAUUGAUACCGGAUAGAGGGCAGGAUAAACAAGAUAUUAUAUGUAACGAUGGGAAAAAUUUCUGUAACAAUGCACAAUGGCAAAAUUCGACAUGGUCAAAUGGAAAUCAUCCAACGUUAAAUUGGGAUAAUCCACCUCAAAAGGAUACAAUUAUUGUACCGACAGGUGCAUAUGUUGUCAUCCGAUUCAAGGCAGAUAAUCCAGGCCUCUGGUUUUUUCACUGUCACAUCGACCUUCACAAUACCAAUGGUAUGGGAAUGAUGAUCAACGAAUCUCCUAAGUAUCAUGAAAAAGUACCAAAAGACUUCCCCCGAUGCAAGAAUUAUAUUGUUAUUAACGGGGAUGGAUUUGAUACUGUUACACCAUCAUUCGUCUUCAGCCUGUCCUUAGUGGUAUUUGUGUACACUGAAAUGAUUGUAUAGUUUCCCAUAUAAAUUAACUUUGAUGUAAAAAGGUAACUUAGUGACACAAAGAUAAUUCACGCAACUCACCGAAUUAUUUGUUUAUGUUGUAUACACCACAUAUUGAUAAGUUAGGAUUAAUUAUUGUGUUAUUCAUUAUACGAAAGUAUAAAACACAAAGUGUAACAAUUUGCAAGGUCUUCUUCAUGCAUUCCAUGUAUGUAUGAAUAUUCCUACCUAUGCAUGAAUCGCGAUUUCA